UCUGGUAUGGAAACCGAACCUUUAUCGGAACCUGUGAUAGGGUUUGUAAAUCGGAGUGUGAGGAAUUUGUCAUUCUUCUCUCGGUUUGUCUUCUCCAGCUUUGUUCUUCCUCCGUGUGGGCUUGGGCCGUCACCGGUAGUUAUCAAUCAUGAGUAAGCUUCAGAGUGAUGUUCUGAGGGAGGCGAUCACUCAGAUCGUGGCUGCAGCCAAGGAGAAGAAUAGGAAGUUCACAGAGACUGUUGAACUUCAGAUCGGCCUCAAGAACUAUGACCCCCAGAAAGACAAGCGUUUCAGUGGCUCCGUGAAGCUUCCCCACAUUCCUCGUCCUAAGAUGAGGAUUUGUAUGCUUGGAGAUGCCCAACAUAUUGAAGAGGCGACCAAGAAUGGUAUCGAGUGCAUGGAUGUCGAGAGCUUGAAGAAGAUGAACAAGAACAAGAAACUUGUGAAGAAGCUGGCUAAGAAGUACCACGCUUUCUUGGCUUCCGAGUCGGUCAUUAAGCAGAUCCCUCGUUUGUUGGGACCUGGUUUGAACAAGGCCGGAAAAUUCCCUGCGCUUGUAUCUCACCAAGAAUCGCUUGAGUCCAAGGUGCUAGAGUCCAAGGCUAUGGUCAAAUUCCAGUUGAAAAAGGUGCUGUGCAUGGGAGUUGCUAUUGGUAACUGCGGAAUGGAGGAGAAGCAGAUCUUCCAGAACACCCAGAUGGGUGUUAACUUCCUUGUGUCUUUGCUCAAGAAGAACUGGCAGAACGUGAGGGUGUUGUACUUGAAAACCACCAUGGGUGCCCCCGUACGCAUUUAUUAAUUACGGAACUUGGCUAGUAAAGCGUAUACCUGGUUCGUAUUUUCUUAAGAAAGUUCAGUCUGGCCUCCUUUUCAAAACACUGAAUGUUCUUUCCUUCACAUAUUUGUCAGUUUGUAGGUAUAUGAGUUCGUCUAGCGACGGUACUUUUUCAAUACUGUCGAUAAUAUAUAACGUAUUGGUAUACCGUAUAUCUCUGAAACGGUUCAGCUCUCCACCGUUCGUCACAACGCUAUACAAAUGUCUGCGUAUUUGAAAUACAACUUGGAAUUACAUGUGCUAUUGCAA